GCUGGUUGCUCAACCUGGAUUAGCGUUGUUUGCAGUAUGCUUAGGGCGGUCAGUAGUGUUAGGUUUUUUGGCUAAUCGUCACUUCGGCCUAUACUCUACGUAUUCACAGCGUCGAUUUGCUCCUUUGGCUCGUUGUGUCAGAGGAAGAAUAUCUCGAUUCCUGGUCUCUCCUAACUCCGUGCUUCCGGAGAGUACCCUACAAUUACCCUAUCCCCUACAUAUUCGGAUCAAUCUCUUCACUUUUCCAACGAGCGUUACCUACCCCGCGAUCACAUCCACCAUUUAGGACGCCUCUACCUCGCCGUAAACACACCGUUGUCCCAUCGAUUAAUUAUUCCUAACCUCGAAAUAAACUCUCUCACAAUGUCUUCGGAGCAACCUGCUGAAGCCGCUGCCAAUCCCCUGGCCGACCGCAUCACAAACCCCGAUGGAUCGAAGCCCGAAGAGCCUACGGGUACUCCUGAACAGGCCGGCAAUGAACAGGCCGACGGCGCUGCCUCACAGCUGGGCGGCUCCGACCUGCAUGAGCCUGACUACACCGUCGAAGUCAAACUUAGUGAUCUCCAAGCGGACCCCAAUAACCCACUAUUCUCAGUGAAGAACUUUGAGGACCUCGGACUGGACGACCGCAUCUUGCAAGGAUUGUCCGCCAUGAACUUCCGCAAACCUUCAAAGAUUCAAGAAAGAGCGCUUCCUUUAUUGUUGAACAACCCUCCUAAGAACUUGGUCGGCCAGUCCCAGUCCGGUACAGGAAAAACGGCUGCUUUCGUCCUCAACGUCCUUAGUCGUUUGGACCUCUCAUCGGAGCAGAUGCAGAAGACACCCCAGGCCCUAAUCCUGGCCCCCACUCGAGAGCUGGCUCGUCAGAUCGUUGGUGUUGUCCAGGUUAUGGGCCAGUUCCUGGAUGGUCUCUCUAUCGGAACAGCUGUUCCCGCAGACACCAACAGCCGCCCGGCGAGGAUAGAAUCCUCCGUUGUUGUUGGUACUCCGGGAACGGUCAUGGAUAUGAUCAAAAAGCGUAUUAUGGUUGCCAACAAGCUGAGGGUGCUUGUGUUGGAUGAGGCCGAUAACAUGCUUGACCAGCAGGGUCUAGGUGACCAGUGUAUUCGUGUGAAGGCCUUGAUACCAAAGGAUAUUCAGGUCGUUCUUUUCUCCGCUACCUUCCCAACUCAUGUUCACCAAUACGCGUCCAAGUUCGCCCCUCAGGCAAACGAAAUCACCCUGCAGCACGAAGAACUGACCGUGGAGGGGAUUAAGCAACUUUAUCUUGAUUGCGCGGAUGAAGAGGACAAGUACAAGACUCUCGUCCAGCUUUACGGACUUCUUACCGUCGGAUCCUCUAUCAUUUUCGUCAAGACCCGGACAUCGGCCGCUGAGAUCGAGAAGCGCAUGGUUGCUGAAGGCCAUACCGUGGCAUCUCUCACUGGAGGUAUCGAGGGUUCACAGCGUGAUGCUGUCAUUGAUCAAUUCCGUGCUGGUCAGGCCAAGGUUUUGAUCACCACCAAUGUCCUGGCGAGAGGUAUUGAUGUCUCGACGGUUUCCAUGGUUAUCAAUUACGACAUCCCGGAACUCCAUCAACCCGGUCGUGAGCGUCAGGCGGACUUCCAAACCUACCUUCACCGGAUUGGUCGUACCGGACGUUUCGGUCGUGUUGGUGUGUCCAUCUCGUUUGUUGCCAACCGCGAUGAAUGGAACAUGCUCAACCAGAUCCAGCAGUACUUCAACUGCAACAUCCAGCGGAUCGACACGAAGGACUGGGACGAAGUGGAGGAUAUCAUCAAAAAGACCAUCAAAAACACCCGGGCACAAGGGAAUUUCGGACGGUAACGGGCGACCGCUCCUACUUUAAUGAUGACCCGUGAAGAAUGAUGAGGUUUAGCUUAUGUAAAGAGAAAAAGUUCGAAAAGAAUCUUAGAUACCAGCAAUAUGUCCCCAUCGUGAGAAUCUCAAUCAACUCAUAGAUUUCUAAUCUGGAUACUGUCCUUAUGGAAUACCUUGUAGUCUACUAUAGGGGCUAAACAUGGAAGGUACUAAGGUCUAUCACAUAACUUAGCAUAGCUGGUGAGUCUAGAUAUAUGUUUUCUGCUGAGACGUGUCCGUAACUCAGUAUCUCUAAUAUA